AUGUGGCGGCCACUGUACCAGCGCGGUGUGCGCUUCUCGUCGUCGUAUGCGCCCUGCACGAAGUACAUGCGCGCGACGCAUGUAGAGCCUUCUGUGAAGUUGGAUGAUGCUGUGCACAGGUACCGCGAAACGACGCUCGGCACGUACGUUCGGCCCCCGAUCGUGUUUUCCCACGGUCGCGGACUCGACUUGUUUGCCACUGUGCCGGGGGAGGCUCAGUCGAGGCGCUACCUCGACUUCACGGGUGGCAUUGCCGUGAAUGCGCUUGGGCAUGCUGAUCCGCAGGUCGCCGCUAUCGCUGCAGAGCAGGCCGCGCAGCUGGUGCACUGCAGUAAUCUGUACUACAAUACCUGGAGCGGCGAGUUGGCCCACCGUCUUGCGUCCAUGACGCGCGAGCAUGGCGGUCUUGGCUUGGCGCCCCAGUCGCCACCUGCUGCAUCUGGCCAAGACGUGCGGGCGUUUAUUGCCAACAGUGGCACGGAGGCCAACGAGGCGGCCCUCAAAUUCGCGCGCAAAGCGGCCAAGGGCACGGCUCUGGUGUGCUUUCAGCAUGCGUUCCACGGACGCACGAUGGGCGCCUUGUCUGUGACACCCAAUGCCAAGUACCAGGCGCCGUUCCUGCCCUUGGUCGGCGAUGUACGUGUCGGCACCUUGAAUGAUAUGGCCCAGCUCGAGUCGCUCGUGACCGAGGAUGUGGCGGGUGUCAUUGUCGAGCCGAUCCAGGGCGAGGGCGGUAUUUUGCCCGCUCAGGUAGAGUGGCUCACGGCGCUGAGGCAGCGGUGCACGGCUGUGGGCGCCGCGCUGAUUUACGACGAGAUCCAGUGUGGUCUGUUCCGUACAGGGCACAUGUGGUGCCACUCUGCGAUGCCCGUCGAGGCGCAUCCGGAUAUGGUCACGAUGGCCAAGCCUCUCGCGAAUGGCUUCCCUAUCGGUGCUGUGCUGAUGCGCCCGCACAUAGCGCAUGCCAUUGCCGCAGGCGAUCACGGCACCACGUUCGGUGGCGGUCCGCUUACGUGCCGCAUUGCGCAUCACGUCUUGGGCCGGUUGGGCGAGCCUCGCAUGAAGGAGCACAUUGACAGUGUAUCGACGUACCUCUUUGAGCGCCUUGAGCGCAUUUCUGAGGCGUUCAGCGAUAUGGUGAGCGCCCCUCGCGGGCGUGGCCUUAUCGUCGGCAUCAGUAUGCGCUCUGCGCCUUGGGCGGGCGAAGUCGUGCGCCUCGCUCGGGAACGUGGUGUGCUGUUCCUUACCGCCGGCAGUGACGCCGUGCGCUUCGUCCCGAGUCUGAUCGUCGAACGCGCGCACAUCGACGAGGCGAUGGAUGUGCUGGAGAGUGUUCUACUCGUUCUUCGUUCUACAUAG